CGGGACCCGGGCUGACACUUUCCGAGUCCCAUGGCCAGUCAAGGUGCGAGCGCCGCGACAGAAGCAAGACUCGAUCACUAGUCCUCGCAAGAAGCGGCAACAAGAUAGAUGGCAUGGCCAAGCAAGUCACACAGCGACCCACAUUUGGGAGUUUGCAGCGACAAGACAGCCGCCUCACCCGACAGAAAUGGCCAUGAGACAGCUGCCCAAAGACUGCCCAGAGGAACCUCGUCGCUCUGGCUACUGUCCGGCAUCCUCACCACGAGCUCCGUAGCGUAUCCCGGCAUGGCAUCGAAGCGCAUCGACGGGUUUCGCUCAGUAUUCUCGCCCUCGCCCUCAACCUCGGCGCCGCACCAUGCACCCGCCUCCGAACCCGUGAUCCUGGUCUUUGGCGAGACGGGCGUUGGAAAGUCGACGUUCAUCAAUGCACUGGCAAACUACCUGAGCUUUUCCGACAUCGACAGCGUUGAUCAAGGCAAUAUGAAGAUCAUGAUCCCGACGCAGUUCUCGCUGCACGACUUUGAGGCCACGGGACACGGGACGAUGUUCAAAUCAGGCAAUCUCACACUCAAGUCGACCCACGAAUCGACGACCGACAAUGAACAGCACAUUGUCGGACGAUCCUCAACACAAAGCCCCCGCACCUACAUCCUGGAGACGCAGCUCGAUUCGGGUCGGCAUGUGUCCAUCAGAAUCAUCGACACCCCCGGACUGGGCGACACCCGGGGCUUUGACCAAGACCGACGAAACGUCGAAAACAUCAUCGGUUAUCUCUCCCACUACGACAACAUCAGUGCUGUGUUUCUUCUGCUCAAGUCCGACGUGACCCGGACGACGAUUCCGUUCAAGUUUUGUUUCAAGGAGCUGCUCAAGAACCUGCACAAGCGCUGUGCAAACAAUGUUAUGUUCAUGCUCACGCAUUCACGAAGCUCCUUUUUCCGGAAUGGCGACACGAUUUCCAGCUUGACUGCGCUGCUGGAGGAGAUCAAGCGGGAGUCCGGGGUCGAGAUUCCGAUUGCGAAUAACGUCUUCAUGAUCGACAACGAGGCGUUCCGCUUCCUGGUUGCCAAACACAAGAUGGAGUUUUCGGACACUGAGCGAAACCAGUUCCGCUCCUCGUGGGAGAAAUCGACCAAGACAUCUCGGAAGCUGAUCCAAGCCAUUGCCGAGAUUGAGCCCUGCGAGACCGAAAGCUCCGUGUUCCUCCUGAGCACUCGGCGCUGCUUCAUAAAGCUGUGCAAGUUCUCGGCCCAUGUCACCAACCUGGAGGAAGCCACAGAGAAGGUGAUCAGAGAGCAACGGUCUCUCCUGGAGUCGACCCGGGCCGAUAUUGCCGAGGCCAAGCGCACCCUGACGACGACCCUCAACAUCCCCGUCAAGUACAAGCUGUCCCACUCGAUGACCGUCUGCACCAACAAGAGCUGCACCAAGGUGAUGCAGGACCAGAGCGGACAGAGCAUCAUCGACUAUGCCGUCAAGUGCAAUCCUCGCUGCACCCUGGCGGACAUACACUUGCAGAGUAUAGGAGACCCGAGACUGCGCUUCAGCCCCAUCAUGGUGCGCGAGCAGUGUCGAACGUGCUCGCACUCCUUCCGAGAGCACAUGAACAUUGACUGGGAUGUCCGAUAUGAAUCAAGAGAGAUCGCCAGUCCUUCGGCACAGCGACAGCUAGCCAAGGCGCAGGCGAAAGAGCACGCCAUCAGCAAAGCCAUCCAGACGCUGGAGGAGUCGCUGCGGGAAAUCCAAGCCGCAGACGAGAGCAUCAGGAAGGUCGGCCGUCGACUCGCCAGCUACUUGACGGAGCACAGCAUCAUCCCCUUCAACACCUCGCUGCUUGAGUAUCUCGAGAUCCUGAGCAAGGACGCACAAGCCUCGGGCAUGAGCGGCGCCUCUCUUGGCCAAUCAAGUGAGAGCUUCAAAGAUCUGGAGACCGACAAGUUGAUCCACGAGGCCGAGAAGAAGAUGGUGCUGGCGGUUCAAGAGAGGAGCGAGGCCGUGCCCUCGAGGGACGAGAUUGAGCGACUGAUGGGCGAGCUGUCCAAGAUUCGCUACUCCAACACCGAGGGAGUGGCAGGGCUUUCACGAGCCUUUGGCGCAAUAUCUGUUUCGGGGAACUCGGGCGGCUCACGAAUUCACGCCCUCGCUUUGCCGGCCCGUGGUUAAAUAGGAUGGUGGUUGCUCACAUCAGGGUGCGCCAACAAGUGUAGCGAUGUUUGAAUAUAGAGAAAAUGGAUGAUGGAAUCAGUCCUGCC